UGCAUCUUGAGAUACAUAAAAUUCCCCCCUUUCCUGCCUGCAGUCCAGAUUUGACCUCUGUUGUGUAAGGAAUUGUCGCCUCAGUUGAAAGCUGCUCUCAAAAAAAUAACCAAGCUGUUAUCGUUGAAAUAUAAUUUUUGUAAAAGAUAAGAGGUAUGGCUCUAACAGCGCUGUUUCUCCGCUCGAUCGUGGCCGUGUUUAUGAUGACCGUACUCGCACAGGUAGGUCUCACCAUUAAAUAACGCCCAGUGACAAACACUCUGCAAGAACGGCUUUUCCAUUUUGGAACAACCACAAAAAUCUUCCUCCUAAUCUUGAAUUAAUCUACAUUUAGUUCCCAUGCAGUGUAAGAAUGAGUAGCCUGGAACAAGCCUAACGAAGCGACACCGGUGUCAGAUGCUGUUUGGUUAUGCUAGUAGGUCUUGUGGGAAGCGACAGUGCUCCACGUUAGGUGUGUUCUAUCGUUUGGGGCUUGUACUAGGCAGUAGUGCUCUCAAACAGGACACAACUGUUAAUUUUUAUCUGCGAAAACAACAAAUGUAGCUGUUCAGUGCUUUCGACCCCGAAGUAAUUUUAGAUGACAAACAACUGCGCACGUAAUCUUCCAGUUGGCCUGAAAAGUGCUGAAUCGAGUGCCGUGCCAAAAAGAGUACGGCGUGAUGAGGACGGAAACCUCUCAAAUGAGUAACAAAACUUAGACCACCCUAGCAAGAAUUAAAUGACUGAGCUCUUUAAAGUAAGGUGUUUUGUUUAUUCAUUCACUUGUUUUAGUAAAAUACAUUUCAUGACUGGUUUCAACGAACAUCCAUAAAUGCGCUGAAAUCCUAUUCCCCUGAUUAAGGCACUACAAUGACAUUUGAUAACAUGUUCACCCGCGGUGUGCAUAGGAUGAAAUUCAACACGGCUUCCAACUAGGCCAAAUUUUAACUUCUGUCACACAUUCUCUGUUACGCCGCCGUGAUUUAUGCCAAACAAAAUGAAGGCUAUCUCAGAAUGCGUAAAAUUUUAAUAGAAAUUAAUUUCUACUUCCUUAUAAAGAUAUGGCAAAUGCGAAAUGUAAGUACACAGAACAAGGAAAAAUUUAUACAAGGAAAAAUAAUUUUUUCCUUUUCUUUUUCAAUUUCAGUCAAACAAUCACGUAAUCUGUUAUACUGUAACGCGAUUUGCAUGCAUUCCAAAUGUGGUACAAGAUGGAGAAUGCGUCAACCCAGUUCAGGGCAACGAGAAUAUAGCUCAAAACCACUUAAACAUAGCAUUGUUAAACGUAUUUUAGUAUUUAAACGGUAGAUAUAGGCAUAUUUUUAUCCUCUAAAAAUUUUUCAUCUCUUCGGAUUUCCUAGCUGAAAGUCUAGUGAUCCGAAAAUUAUAGGGAUUAAACCUUACCUUUUCGAAAGUUUCAGCCAGAAAAAAGGCUCCCGAAAAUUCUAGCUGACCUUUUUAGCGUAAAAAUCCGUUAAAAAUGGGCAAUUAUACCAUUUUUUGGAUGUUCGAAAAUCCUAGGAGAGGCAGGCAAGCAAGAAAUUUUACAACAAAUGUUCCGAAAAUUCUCGAUCUCAAAUCGUCUUCCGAACAGAUAUUUUCCGAAAAUUGACGUUGGGUGCCCCUGCUAGUUAAACCAAUAAAAAGAAAAAUACGCGUUCUAAAGUAACUUUUCUGCUACGUGACGAAUAGUGCGUUGCGAGAUGCAAAAUGCUGUAACUUAACUUUCCUACCCUGAGGUAAGGAAAACUGUACGCUCUCUCCCCUUCAUAGUGCUUUCCGAAUAGAGUACCAGAUGGAAAAUACUGUAACUUAAAUAUUCCUAACCUGAUGUAAGAAAAACUGUGCGCUCUUUACCCCUAACAUGAUCCGUGCCCGAUAGAGUACGAGAGAGAAAAUGCUGUAACUAAACUUUUCCUCCCCUGAUGUAAGGAAAACUGUACACUCUUUACUCCUAACAUGAAGCGUGCCGAAUAGAGUACGAGAAAGAAAAUGCUGUAACUAAACUUUUCCUCCCCUGAUGUAAGGAAAACUGUACACUCUUUACUCCUAACAUGAAGCGUGCCGAAUAGAGUACGAGAAAGAAAAUGCUGUAACUAAACUUUUCCUCCCCUGAUGUAAGGAAAACUGUAGGCUCUUUACCCCUAACAUGAUGCGUGCCGAAUAGAGUUCGAGAGAGAAAACGCUGUAACUAAACUUUUCCUCCCCUGAUGUAAGGAAAACUGUACGCUCUUUACUCCUAACAUGAUGCGUGCCGAAUAGAGUACGAGAGAGAAAAUGCUGUAACUAAACUUUUCCUCCCCUGAUGUAAGGAAAACUGUACACUCUUUACUCCUAACAUGAUGCGUGCCCAAUAGAGUACGAGAGAGAAAAUGCUGUAACUAAACUUUUCCUCCCCUGAUGUAAGGAAAACUGUACGCUCUUUACUCCUAACAUGAUGCGUGCCGAAUAGAGUACGAGAGAGAAAAUGCUGUAACUAAACUUUUCCUCCCCUGAUGUAAGGGAAACUGUACACUCUUUACCCCUAACAUGAUGCGUGCCCAAUAGAGUACGAGAAAGAAAAUGCUGUAAAUUAACUUUUCCUCCCCUGAUGUAAGGAAAACUGUACACUCUUUACCCCUAACAUGAUGCGUGCCGAAUAGAGUUCGAGAGAGAAAAUGCUGUAACUAAACUUUUCCUCCCCUGAUGUAAGGGAAACUGUACGCUCUUUACUCCUAACAUGAUGCGUGCCGAAUAGAGUUCGAGAGAGAAAAUGCUGUAACUAAACUUUUCCUCCCCUGAUGUAAGGGAAACUGUACACUCUUUACCCCUAACAUGAUGCGUGCCCAAUAGAGUACGAGAAAGAAAAUGCUGUAAAUUAACUUUUCCUCCCCUGAUGUAAGGAAAACUGUACGCUCUUUACCCCUAACAUGAUGCGUGCCGAAUAGAGUUCGAGAGAGAAAAUGCUGUAACUAAACUUUUCCUCCCCUGAUGUAAGGAAAACUGUACGCUCUUUACCCCUAACAUGAUGCGUGCCGAAUAGAGUACGAGAGAGAAAAUGCUGUAACUAAACUUUUCCUCCCCUGAUGUAAGGAAAACUGUACGCUCUUUACUCCUAACAUGAUGCGUGCCGAAUAGAGUACGAGAGAGAAAAUGCUGUAACUAAACUUUUCCUCCCCUGAUGUAAGGGAAACUGUACACUCUUUACCCCUAACAUGAUGCGUGCCCAAUAGAGUACGAGAAAGAAAAUGCUGUAAAUUAACUUUUCCUCCUCUGAUGUAAGGAAAACUGUGCGCUCUUUACCCUUAGAAUGAUGCGUGCCCAAUAGAGUACGAGAAAGAAAAUGCUGCAUGUAACUUAACUUUUCCUACCCCGAUGUAAGGAAAACUAUGCGCUGUUUACCCCUAACAAGAUGUGUGCCGAAUAGAGUACGAGAGAGAAAAUGCUGUAACUAAACUUUUCCUCUCCUGAUGUAAGGGAAACUGUACACUCUUUACCCCUAACAUGAUGCGUGCCCAAUAGAGUACGAGAAAGAAAAUGCUGUAAAUUAACUUUUCCUCCUCUGAUGUAAGGAAAACUGUGCGCUCUUUACCCUUAGAAUGAUGCGUGCCCAAUAGAGUACGAGAAAGAAAAUGCUGCAUGUAACUUAACUUUUCCUACCCCGAUGUAAGGAAAACUAUGCGCUGUUUACCCCUAACAAGAUGCGUGCCGAAUAGAGUACGAGAGAGAAAAUGCUGUAACUAAACUUUUCCUCUCCUGAUGUAAGGGAAACUGUACACUCUUUACCCCUAACAUGAUGCGUGCCCAAUAGAGUACGAGAAAGAAAAUGCUGUAAAUUAACUUUUCCUCCUCUGAUGUAAGGAAAACUGUGCGCUCUUUACCCUUAGAAUGAUGCGUGCCCAAUAGAGUACGAGAAAGAAAAUGCUGCAUGUAACUUAACUUUUCCUACCCCGAUGUAAGGAAAACUAUGCGCUGUUUACCCCUAACAAGAUGCGUGCCGAAUAGAGUACGAGAGAGAAAAUGCUGUGAAUUAACUCUUCCUACCCGAUGUGAGGAAAACUGUAUGCUGUUUACCCCUAACAAGAUGCGUGCCGAAUAAGGUAGGAUAGGGACAUUGGCCUCUGUUGUUGGUGAUAAACAGUGACCACUUACAGUGACCGCUUUUUGCCAUGACCGCUUUUAGAAGAUCUUUCGCUAACUGCUUGAUGCCAUUGCAAUGGAAACGAAGACCAAACUGCCUUACCAAGACAUUCAAGCCAACCACCGCACAGACUCCAGAUGGAGAGGAAUGAAUCUCACGUAGUCGUUCAAUAGCUUUUUCUUUUGAGAUAAAACGCAAUGUUCCGUUGUCUCCUAGACCACUAUCCCCAGAGUACUGUGCCCAUAAAAUGCUUUGCUCAGUCGUCGGGUUCAUUUGAGGGCCUGCACCUAGGCUUCGUUGUUUUUCCCUUCCAAAACAACCUGUUUCGCUAUUUGGUAAAAAAUACGCGCAACACUUGCCACUCAUUCGGGUAUCGCCGCAUUUUGAUCUCUCAAGAUAGACAGAAAUUUAAUUACUUUGGAAAGAGUUGAACAGCAAACUUAACAAAUAGGUCUUAAGAAAGUACCCUACUCGUUGCAAUCCCUUAUAAAAAAAAUAAAACCUGUUCUCAGAGGAGAAAUAUACAGAGAUUUCAAGGAAUUAAAGAAGUAACGCUUGCAUGAAAAGUUGUUUGAAGUAAAAUUCGGAUAAAUUCGCCUACGAAACGACCUAAACUGCAAAACGGAAGGUAGCUCGUUGUUAGUCUCAUACCGGACUAUUCGCAUGAAAAGUUGUUUGAAGUAAAAUUCGGAUAAAUUCGCCUACGAAACGACCUACACUGCAAAACGGAAGGUAGCUCGUUGUUAGUCUCAUACCGGACUAUUCGGUACGCACAAGAGAAAAACAUAGGCUGAGAAGAGUCCCGCGAAGGUACUCGACAAAGUGUUACUCGGGAAGCUCAACUUAGAGCACGCAGUAGAAAUGUGACAUAUAUCGUACAUUUUUUACGUUUACAGCGUGAAAAAGGUAACUUUAAACAUUCUUUAUCUCGUACCCUAUUCUGCACGCAGCUGAAUGUGACAAAUAUCGUUCAUUUUUCAGGUUUUAAAAGUGAAAAUAGUCAAGUGUGAUCAUCACUUUAGCUCCCUAUCUCGUACGCUAUUCAGCACGCAGCAGAGCAACAUCCUAGAUUUUUUAGUUUAAAGAGUGAAAAAAGUCAACUGUGAUCAUUCUCAAUCUCGUACUCUUUUCGGCACGCAAGAGAAAUGUGACAAACAUCCUACAUUUUUCAGGCUUUAAAAGUGAAAAUAGUCAAGUGUGAUCAUUUUUUAUCUCGUACUCUAUUUGGCACGCAGCAGAAAUAUGACAUACAUUGCCGCACACUUUUUUGGGUUCUGUCUCGUACUCUAUUCGGCACGCCGCCUAAAUUUGACAUACAUCGUACACCUUCUUUUCUUUGGUUUACACAGUAAGAAAAAAGUCAAGUUUGAUUAUUCUUUAUCUCAUACUCAUUCGGCACGCAGCAGAAAUGUCACAUACAUCGUACAUUUUUUGGUUUGCAGAGUGAAAUAGUUAACUUUGGUUAGUCUCUCUCGUACUCUAUUCGGCACGCAGCAGAACUAGAAAUGUGACAAAUAUCAAACAUUUUUCAGGUUUUAAAAGUGAAAAUAGUCAAGUGUGAUCAUUCUUUAAUUUUCUCGUACUCUAUUCGGCACGCGACAAAAAUGUGACAUACAUCGUACAUGUUUCAAGUUUACAGUGUGAAAAAAGUCAAUUUUCAUCAUUCUUUAUCUCAUACUCUACUCGGCACGCAGCAGAAAUGUGACAUAUAUCGUUUGUUUAGGUUUACAUAGUGAGAAAAGCGGGCAACUUUAAACAUUCUUUAUCUCGUACUCUACUCGGCAUGCUGCAGAAAUCUGACAUACAUCGCACAUUUUUCUGGUUUACAGAGUAUAAAAAGGCAACAUUGGUUAUUCUUCUCUCGAACUUUAUUAGGCACACGACAAAAAUGUGACAUACAUCGUAGAUUUUUCUGGUUUUAAGAGUGUAAUUAGUCCACUUUGAUCAUUCUUUAUCUCGUACUUUAUUCGGCACGCAGCAGAAAUGUGACUUAUCGUACAUUUUUUAGGUUUUGAGACUGAAAAUCGUCAAGUUUGAUCAAUCUCUAUCUUGUACUUUAUUCAGCACGCACGUGAAUUGCGACAAAUAUAUUAUCAUAGUUAGACUUUUCAAAAAUAAGUAAGCCUGUUAUAUAUAUUAUUUCCGUAUUAAAUAGCAACCUGUUUUGUAAAAGGCCCAUUCUCAUUAAUAGAAAUUAAAUUUCAGAAAUUGCUGUUUUCUGUAAGAAAUGUAACAAAAGUUGUAACAUUUUUACCUGUUGUCUUAGGUUUUUCCUUACUCAUUCUCCACUCCAUUUACGUUCUCAAGUCUUAAAUUUUCUGCUUUGAUACAUGCACUUUUGGAUUCCCCUUUUUCAGUUUUUGAGUUUCUGUAUUAUUUACCUUCAGAACACAUAGAAGAAAACUUCAUUUAUUUAGCUAAAAAGUGCUGAGGUCACGUGCAGAAUUUUGUACCCGAUCAUUUAACAAGCGGGUCAUUGAUUGAGGGUUGAAUGAUUGCGUGAUUGGCCUUUUAAACGAGUCAUUUUCCCCUUUCAACAACAACAACAACAUUUAUUGGCAUUUCCAUGAGUAGAUGGCAUAGACUGUUCACAGUCCCCUAUUUUUUCGUUUUUAUAUACACCGCGUCUUACCGUCACGGGUAUCUUGAUUUUCAAAGUUUUGACACUCAUGGAAGAUGGCAGCCCGUAACGCAAAGCACUCGAUCUCGAUGAUCUUACGGAAAAAUAGAGGGCUGAGAACAGUCUAUGAUGGCAUUACCGAUUCCAAUAUUGAUUAUGUCAAGGUAAAGGAAAACUGUGUGUACCGACAUUUCGCUUUUUUUAAGUCAUAUGAAGUUCCAAAUAAAUUGAGGGUUGUCCAAUACUGUCGACCAGAAUCCAAGAACGAGUUAUGUUUUUUGUGUAGCGUGCUUGUUUUGACUCAUCGCUUUAAGAACGAGUUCUGUUGCCUGUUAGGAUUGCCAGUCUCGACUUAGGGCUUAAAGAACGAGUUAUGUUACACGUGCAGUGUGCUUGUUUGACUCAUGGCACGACUAGACUUCCUGAGAUUCCAUCGGAAUCGAUAUGUUUCCAAUGGAUCCGAUGGACUCCAUCGGAUAGCCUGCGUAGCAAGCGUUUCUUUACGGUUUAGGCGAAAAGAACGAGGAACGAGAGUCAAAGACCGCGAGAAAAAUGGCGCAAGUAAAAGAGCGGGGAGGGGGUGGGGAAGAAAGGAAGGAAACGCUUGCAGACAAACCCCGGGAUUUUGAAAACCACCCACUUGGUCUGUCACGCCUGAGUUCGCGAACCGACAUUUGAUGCUGUCAUCAACUGUCAUAAUUGACCAAUAAAAUGUUUGGCCUUCCGUGGAGCGGAAAUGAACUUUAGAGGACGCGUUUGUGAAACCAACAUAAUUUUUUUUUUUGUAUUUUGGAGCGCGUGGACGGCGUUCAUGGUGAAAUCUCAAUGAAUCCGAACUAUCAAUGCAAGCUUUGUACAUUUGUCUUCUUAAUCCGUCUAAAAGGAAGGACCGCGAGGGUGAAUGAAGUUUUAAAGUUUUAGCUCUAAACCUCCAGAAAGUUGGAUUUGAAGUGGUAAAAUGUGACAAGCAUUUAAGUCUAGAUCACAGACCACUAGAUUGCUCUUGUAAAAGCAUCCUAGACCAAAGCUAACCCAGCAACUGAAAGUUGGCGUGGAGAACCAAGCAGAAAUUUUGACUGAGUCACAAUGCAGGUCUUCCUAGUUGAUGUAGCUUCAGUUAAAGGUGCAAUCCAUUCUUCAAAAUUUGUAUCUGUAAAUCACUAUCCGAGAGAAUUUAACAUCCCGCAAAAAAAAAAAAAACACCAACGAGGUGGGCCCAGCAUAACAAAAUAUUGCAGGAAACCAUCGCAUUCCCUGACAAAAGAAAAUCGCUUUUAGUUAUUCAGAUCCAGGAGACAAAUAAAACGACCGGAAACCCUUAUAAAGUCGCAAGAAGAGCUUUGUGUUUCAAAAGAAGUUAAAUAAAAUGCUCUUGUACUGGAGGGAAAAUCUUGCCGACCAGAAUAAACAAUAACCACAGAAAAUUGAUAUGCGUGUCACGUACCAAACAUGACCUCUCAGUAUGAAACAAACCUUUGAUCGACACAUGUCAACCUUGUUCGACUAGCCGAGCCAAUCAGGCGUUGCGUUCGCUGGCGAACGCAGGUUUUCAAAAUCGAGGGGUUUGUCUGCAAGCGUUUCCUUCCUUCCCCUCCCCCUCCCCCCUCUUUCACUUUUUGGCUCUCGUUUCAUUUCUCGCGCGGUCAAAACCGAAAGUCCCCUUCCUUGGUCUUUCUUUGCUCCGAAACCAAACGGAAACGCUUGCUACGCAGGCUACCAUCGGACGACUUUCCAACCCUCAUCUACGUAUUGUUCACACUUCCGGUUUCAUCUUAUGACUAAACUUCCGGUAACUCAAGUGGACUCUACUGUACUUCCGGUUUCAUUUUUCGACUAGACUUCGUCGGACUCCAGGUUUUGUCCACUGGAAUCUGGUUGAGAGUAUUGGACAUGUGUGAAUAAAUUCGCAUUAAAAUUUUACAUAACCUGAAAUCUGUACUUAUUUUGUCUCCCUUGUUUAAUACUAAAUAUUCAGCGCGGCGACGUAACAGAGAAUACAUGUGUGACAGAUGAUUUUAAAGUUCCCAACAUUUAGCGCAGUUGGAUGUCAUUUUAUAUUCCAGACACACAAGAACGUGUUUUUUCAAAUGUUCUAUGACCAAAUAAUAGUUCUUCGGAAUGUUAAACGGGAACUUUAUUUUACUCGAACAGGUAGAUGAAUAAAUAAAACUUAAUUGUUUGGCUUAAAAGAGUUUUCGUUUACACAGCUAAAGCUUUAAACCCAUUUCAGACUAAUUUAAUUGGAUUCCGAGGUCAAAGCUUUGUCAUUCAUUAUGUUGUCAUCGCGUCGAUUCAGGUAUUUCAUAAUUUGUCAUCAUUUAUGCGUUGCACUCUUCUUGGCACGGUACUUUAUGGCCCCGGGCAGUUGGCCUUUUGUAAUAAAACAAGACCCCCAUAAAGGGGGUACAGUGGGUGGAUAGUUUGAAGAGCUUUUAAUGCAAUAUCAGACAAAAUAAAACUUAAACUUAAUUUUCCUUGCGAGCUUUAAGAAGAGGGGAAAAUUGCAGCGAAAUCACUGUAUUUCGAAACAUCAAAAGUUGACCCUUGUCUCAUUUUGUAAGCAUAGAACGACAAUAAUUUUCGUAAUUUCCGGGUAGGUCAAAUUAGUCUUGUUUUACUGUCAUUUUUAAUGUUAGGGGGCUGUAGUAUUGUAGGGGACUGGGUGAAUUGAGGAAAUGUCCCAAUAAAAACAAUGCCUAUCUUUCUCUCGUUUGAGAAGGGUAAUUUGCUUAUUUAUACCUUUGUAAACAUUGUUUUGAAGAAAAUAAGGACAAGCACGGAAUCGCAUGGAACACAGUUUGUUAUUGCUCUUGGAAACUAUGCAUUGCGCGCGCAACCUACAGAUAAGUCAUUAAUCUCAGUGUAAUCUGCUAGCACUGCAUAUGUUGCGCUGAUUUACAAAAUUAACUGUAGGCCCUUAGCCAAUAAGAAGACACAUAGCGCAAUGUACAAUAACAAUGUAUUAUAAUCAAAAUAUUGUUAAUGAAAACGUACGGUGAGCACUUAUUCUUUUAAAAAGAGUUUUAAACUGCAGCAUAGCUGUCAUUCCAGUUUGGGUUAUCGUUCCAACAUCUGGGCACAUGUCGUAAUAAAACUUUCCCAAGUGUGGCUAUACUUUUUAAGCUCCAAAAUAACAGCAACACUUUUUAAAUGGUUUAUUAAUUUGAUCCUUGGUGUUAUUUUGAAAACAGGAUGGAAACAGUGUGGCGCGCAAGGAGAAAGAAAUUUUCGGAUCCAAGUUUGAUCCAUUUUUUCGCACUGAACAGCUUAUUAUUCGACCAACGAGGAAUCUACCAGGUGGAUAUCAUCAGUUUCCAUAUAAUAACUUUAUUCCAUUUGGGCCUAUCUUCCAUCUAGAUUUACUAAAUCAGGUAAGUUUGUUGUGUACCUGUGUAUUUUGACAUUGUUACAUUGUAUUUUCUCUUAUAAAUGAACCCUGUACACAGUGUGUAUACUCUAAUACAUUUUAGCAUCCUUUAUACUUAAAUGAGUCCCCUCCUCUCAACCAUGUGGCAUACCUUAAAGUAAGGUCAAUCCCUGUUCUCCGUCAUAAUUAUUAAAAGAGCCGCUUCUUCGUGAUCCCGUUAGUAAUUUCCUCCUACGGAUCAUUCUCCAGUAAUCGUACUAUAUACGUACAUUAGUGAUGCAAUAUUCAUUUGAAGAUAAACUGUUUGCUAUAAUUAAGUUUUCAGCAAAGAGGGGAGGGUGCUUGUUAAAUGUUUUUGCACUGAGUAACGCUAUAAGGUAUAAAGUUACCACUCGAUUCUUGGUCCUCGCUUGAAUCACGACUCGAUUCUUGAUUGUUGUGUCUCAAUUCCGAAUAUUCCAUCCAUUUCUACGAGACUCAUCAAGUCAUUGCCGUGAAACGGAUACACUAUCCACAUCUUUUUCGAACUUGACACAAUUAAUAGUCAUGGUAUAGGAUAUCGAAAAUCUACAAUAAAAAGAUGGGGUCACCAACUGCUUGUUUUCACCCUGCGUGCCUGGUAUUCUAAGUGUUUGUUAUUUCUGAGUUUGGUAUGGAAUGUUGAAAACUUUAACAACCUUCAAAAAUAAUUUUUAUCAUAUUGCAAAAACCAUGAAUGUUACCAAGAGAGAAUCAUCUAGCUCAUUCUCUCUUGAUAUUACUGAAAUCUAGAACCUUAUAUUCUUUUUGGGAGGCUAUAUGAUCUAAAUUCAACAAAAUAAUUUUAAUUGGCCAUUUUAUCAUUACCUCAACCAUCCCUGUGGAUCUAAAAGUAGAGUUUUGCAAUCAUACAUACCAAACAAUACAAAUUCUACUAUCCAAAUUUGUUUCUCCUUAAAAUAUGUAUAUUUUUUGUACCCAAAUAGAGAGUGAAUAACACUAAUAAAGGGGGCGGGGGGGGGUCACCUUCGAGGUUGUUUUUCUCCUGGUCUAUUUUCGGACGUUUUGAGUCUAGUUUUCUACAACAGAGCGGCAGCAGCAAAACUCUAAAAUAAUAAAUCUAUCUCUUAACAUCAUUUCUACGGUCGAUAAGAGAACAGACCAUGAAAAAUUGUUGUCGAUUUGUUUGUACAAUAACAUUGACAGUUUUUGUCGUCCAUUUUCGCUGACUUUUCGCGGAAAAUCGCUCGUGGGAAAGAGAAAAACAAAACUUCGCCACAAUCACUUUAUUUCGAUUGGCUGUACUGUUAUCGACGUUUAUGGCGUUAGCCAAAGGCAGUUGUAAUAAAAACAGUAAUUUCUUUAGGUUCCAUAGGUUAGCUGUAGGUUUUCGCCGGUUCCGCAGCUUCCACCGUUCUGCGGUCUGUAGUCUUAGCUAUCUAUUGCUUUCUUGCGCCUGCUACGCAGGUUAGUUCGUAAUCCAAGUACCAAAAACAGUUCAAAGCGGAAGCUAGGCUCGAUUGGUAAUCGAGCCUAAGCGGAAGCCGAAAAUUUCGAAACGAAACGAGAUGGAAGAGGUGUUUCCCUGGCUGACAAUGGAUUCGUAGCUCGUUUUUAUGGAUUUUUUGUAAAAUACAAUUGUGAUGAUGUGAUGAAAAUAAAAGACGGCUUGUUUUCCUGUUCAGGGGCGGAUCUAGGGGAAGGGUGCAGGGGGUGCGCACCCCCCCCCCGAGAUGACCUGCGGUUUUCUUAUACAAGUGGUAUUCUGCAAAAAAAAUAAAACUAUGUGGUUUAUUGGUGUUGAAGUAGAGCAAGAGACGAGUGCACCCCCUCCUAAAAAAAAUCCUGGAUCCGCCCCUGCUGUUACUGAAGUAACUGUAUAUUUACAAGAAUUACUGAAACGCUUUGUAAUUCAAGUAUCACGUUUUCAUUUGUAAUGUUAGUUGUUAGUUUGCAUGUUCCUGUAAGUUUCUUGUAAGUUUUGCCUUCCAAAUUACGUGAAUUCUCCUAGGCAAAUAAGUUUUACCUGUCACUUGCCCAGUGUCUACUGUUGGCAAAAUGUUUUGACCCCCUCUGUUUUGUCAGACCCUGUGAUGGAGGCCAAAGGCCUCAUGGGCUAUUGACUCAGAGGCCAUGAGGGCGAGAGGAAUUAUUGUUUUAGUAAAAUCCAACUAGCUGGUCAAAAAUAUCGAUACAAAACAACUUUAGCUGGUUAAAGCUAGACUUGAAGCCAUUGUUUUGGUUUUCAAAGCCGGCGCUUUUCGCUAUAGCAUAUAGCCAAGUGGUAGCUCAACCAAUCAAAACGCAGCAUAUGAUAAAAGACCACUAGUUGGAUUUCACUUAUUCUUAAAAGAUCGAAGCCAGCAUGACCUUACCAGUGUUUUAAAGGCCCCUAGCUUGGUAGACUGGUGCCCAACCAUCUGAGCUAUAAACAUGGCAGCAAUUAUAAACUUUACACGUAAAUUAUGUUCAUUCUACAGGCUCUUGAUCUGCAAAAUUAUAUUGCCAACAUGACUGUGGAAACAGAAGAUGGCGAAACAGUCAGACUUCAGGACAUCUGCUUUCAGCCGAAGACAAAUGUGUGUGCAGUCGAGAGCCUCUUUCAGUAUUUCCAGAACAACAAAACCAGACUGAACAAAUGUAUCUCGGUCAUGGGGUAUGACUGCGAUGAUGAACCAUCCUAUGACUUUAAUGCAUAUGACUACCAUGAUCAUGUUCUGGAUUGCACAAGGUAAGCUUGCUAUAGAGCGCAUUUGAUUAAUAUUGUGUUCUGAGACAUGAAUGCAGGAAUGAAGUGAAAGUUUGUAGGCUUCUAGGACACUGAAAAACGGUGUAAUCCUGACCAGUGGUGUCCAGUUCAUUGAGAAUUCAAGGGGUAUUUUAGACACGAGUAAGUCAUCACCUAUAAGCUUCCUCAUACCAAAAAGUCAGUGCAAGGAUAUUUUUUAUCAGGAUGGGGAAAAUCAGUAAAAAAUUCUUGUCUCUUUUGUUGUGACAAGAAACACCUAACCGUGAUAUGGGCUUGCAACCUAACCCCUCGAAAUGAGAUGCCAGUCGUUUUUUGGGAGAGCGAAUGAAAGCGCGAAGCGAGCGAGGAGCGCUAAUGCCUUUUAUGUCGUCUAGAUUAGCUGGGAGAAACAACAAAACUGUCAACAAAUGACUAGUAAUAAAGGAACACCCCUUCAACAUUUUCAGAAGACACGAAAAAGCUACCAAAAACCUUAAACAUGCAGCCAAAGUUUACGACAUCCGAACACGGAUAGAUAGUUUUUUGGGUACUCACAAACCAGUGGCGGAUUUAGACCUUCAGAUAAGGGGGGGGCGGUCAUCCAGAUCCUGAGAUAAGGGGAGGCCCGGUCUUCAAAAAUUUUUUUCGGCUCUUCGGGCGUCCUUUUAGUCGAAAAAUUAGGGGGGCGGGCCCCCCGGGCCCCUCCCCUAGAUCCGCCACUGCAAGCCAAUCAAAUAGGCUUCUAAAGUGUAAAGAAAACCAUUCGAAACUCUCUGAAAUAUUUGGAAACAUUACCCCCAAAAUGCCCCAUUCACACCAACGAAACAUGUUUGAUAAACAUCAGUAUCAAAAAAAUACAACUCAGACUUUUUACACAGAAUUCAAAUGAACUUUAACACGCUACGUAAUUGCCCUAAAUUUGCAGUCGAAAAAAGUACAGUUGGUAGCUUUUAUAAAGAACUGACAAGUUUAAACCGUGUUUAACUUGACGGCUUUUAAACAUGUUUAAAAUGGGACUUACUGAAGAAUUUUACAUCAUUUGCAGGGUUUUACCAUAAAAUUCCGAAAAUAAGCCCCUCCAAAUAUAAACCCCCCAAACUGGUAACUCAAAAAACCCUCCGUGAAAUCGCCCCUCAAAAUGUAAGCCCCCGGGGGGCUUCUACUUGGAAAUUGCCCUCAAAUAUAAAGUAAAACAAAGCAAAAACGGUAAAUUUCCUUCCAAUUAUAAGGCUAGCCCAAUCGAUUUUGAAACGCAAAUUUCCCUCCGUAGAUAAGCCCCUCCGAAUAUAAGCCCCUCUCCAAAAAUAAGCCCCUCAAAACUUGAGGGCCUUUGAAAAAUCUAAGCCCCGGGGCUUAUUUUCGGAAUUUUACGGUAUGUUCGUGUGACAAACUGUAGUUGAGAUAAAGAGUUAUGAAUUCGCCCCAUGCACGUAAGGGAAUCCGGAUUCCUGAAUACGGUAAAUUUUUUGCUUGUAGAAUUCGGAAUCCGGGAAAAUCAGGAACCCUGGGCUUUUGAAUCCGGAAUACAGCUCUAGGAAUCCCGGGAACCCUACUAAGGAUUGGAAUUGGAAUCCAGAAUCUGAGUUCCACAAACAAAGACUAGAAUCCAGUUCCUGGAAUCUGGAAUCCACUGCGUGGAAUCCAGAAUCCAAGACGUUCUUGGUUUUCGCCGUAUGAGUACAUCUUGAAAAAAGUUCUUACUUGGACGGCAUCGCUCUUUUUUCAGUUCUCCAACAUCAGAUGAUAAUUGGAAAUUAAAGGAAUCUUGCCUUUCUGCAUACGGAGGACCUAUUAUGCCUGACAUGGUGCUAGAUGGCUUUGACGGUAAAGCGUACCAGAAUGCCACAACCUUGAUUAUCACUUUUGUUGUAAAUAACCAUAAGGAUACAACCAAACUCAAGAAGGCUAUGGCGUGGGAAACGGCGUUCAUUGAAUACAUGAAAGGUUACACAAAGGAUCCUAAGAAUGGAAAUCUGACCAUAAGCUUCAGUGCCGAGCGUGCCAUUCAAGGUGAGCGAGAUCGAGAGACUCCGAGUGUCACCGACAUAACAAUUUAGUUAGUACGUACCAAGAAAUGCAUCAAGUGCUCGUUAUUACCAAUAGAUACCCUUAUUAAGUUCAUAGGACAGUAUCGCUCUUUCCAAUAGAUUAUGAUUAGCUAUCAUUUUAAACGAGAAAACGUUUUGAAAUUAAUUCAUCUUUAUAAGCUGCAAAGUUGUGCAUGAAAAAGCACAAAUCACAUAGUUUUUCUUGUGUUGAAUAACGCUUUCUGUUAACCCUUUAAGGUGGCUCCCUAGAGUAUUUACUAAUAACCCUGGCUAUCAAGCAUACGUUACAGAACGAAAUCUAGUUACUUUGUCUUUGCGUGGACGUCGCGCGGAUUUUAAAGCUCGCGCCAUACUAGUGCUCAGGUUGCGCACGGCCAAUUUACUCUAGGGAUCCACCUUAAGCCCCAAGAGUGACCAAUAUCAAUUUGCUCCUCACACUAUCAAUACAUAAUCAAGAGAAAAGGUUAGGAGAAUAAAUAAAGUGAUCACUUCAGGGAAAAUGUCUUUGAUCUUUGAACAAAUUGUUUCAACUAAUUCUGUAAGGAAAUGUAUGGAGAUCAGUUUGGAGAACUUGUAUGUGGAUAUUGGGGCUUAAAGGGUUAAAGACUUCUUCUCUGUUUCAGUUCUUUUGUAAAAAAGUAAUAAUAAGGGUAAUGGUUAGUGACUGCAAUGACAAAAAUAAUUAGCAACAAAACAGCUGAG